AUGGCGGUACGUCCAUUACCUGCUGAGUUGGCUGAAAAGGCUUGUAUGGAGUUAAAUGAGGAAAAAAGCAAAUUAGAGGAAAGCUUGCAGCAUUUGAAGGAAUGGCUCUCUAAGCAGCCGCAUUUGCGGGCACGGACUGAUGACCAAUGGCUUGUAGCGUUUUUGCGCGGCUGUAAGUUUAGCAUUGAGCGAACGAAGGAGAAGAUUGAUUUAUAUUACUCGCUCAGGGCCACCGCUCCCGAACUUUAUCCUUUAAAGUAUAACGAGCCGAAGUUUUUGGAGAUUCUCGGUCUGGGGGUACUACUUGUCUUACCAAGAACCUCAAAUCCAGCAGAUCCUAGAGUACUUCUCAUGAGAGCAGGUGCAUAUGACCCAGAAAAGUACUCGGUGACCGAUGUUAUGUCUGUCAAUGUUGUUAUACAAAAAAUUCUUCUUAUGGAAGAUGAUAAUUUUGUCGUUGCUGGAGGUGUUUCGAUAAUGGAUUUGCAAUACGCUACCAUGGCUCACUUCACGCAAAUUAGUCCUAUGAUAAUGAAAAAAAUGACGGUAGCAUUUCAGGAAGCUACACCUAUUCGAAUGAAAGGUGCUCAUUAUUUGAAUGCGCCGUCUGGUUUCGAGACUAUUUUCAAUUUCAUGAAGAAUUUCCUAAAUGAGAAGAACAAAAAGCGCUUAUAUGUACAUACUAAAGAUUCUGAUUCUUUAUACAAGUACGUACCGAAAGAAAUAUUACCCGUUGAGUAUGGGGGUAAUGGAGGCACAAUUCAAGAACUAAUUGAAUGGAACAAAAAGAAGGUAUUGGAGUACAGUGCAUGGUUAGAAGAGGAUUUGCAAUUGGGUACUGAUGAGUCUAAGCGUCCUGGAAAGCCUAAAACUGCCGAAGAUAUUUUUGGUGUUGAAGGAUCCUUUAGACAGCUUCAGUUCGAU